UGUAUCCGAUCUGAGUGGGAUGUCGAUAGCCUAGUGUGAUGCGCGGCUAAUAGGUGAUUACUGACACAACAACUACGGUAUAUUGUUAUAACAGGGGGCUAUGAGAUACAGGUUGGAUGAUUUGAUUUCUGUACGUGCUUCUUAAUUAAUAUCACGCUGAGAAAGAGUUUUAACGCAUAAAAUCGUUACAAGGACAUAAGAACAAGCGAGACAAGGAUCUAUAUCGGAUAAGUAGGAUUGAAAAGUACAACAAAAAAAGGGAAAGAAGGACGUUUGGUAGGAUGCUUGCUUACGGAUCUGUGUGCUAUAUACUGCUGUUGACAACGCUUAUCUCAGGACAAGAGUCAAAUAGCCAGAAUGACUUUCAGAAAAAUAAAGCCAGUGGGAGUAUAUUUCCAUAUGGAAGCGCAGAUAAUGACUUAGACGUUUUAAAAUCGCUGAGAGAACGAUUAGACAAAGAAAAACAGAGUCGUGCGAAACGUCCCUUCUGUAAUAGUUACUACGGAUGUGGGAAUGGAGGAUACGGUAAAAGGUCCGAGGAAUUAAAAAUUUCGAAAUCAGAAGAUCCUUCGAACGAGCAAGGUUUAUUGCUAAAAGCUCUAUUGAGUAAUACCGGAAAUAACCAGUUCAUGGAAGGUUCGGGUAAGACACAAAAGAGGGCGUUCUGUAAUGGAUUCUACGGUUGUGCCAAUGGGAAGCGUUCGGGAAUGGAAAAUGUAAUACAACGAGCUUUAAAACAAAAGACAUCAAAGAUGGCCGCCAAGCGUCCAUUUUGUAACGCAUAUUCUGGAUGCGGCAAUGGAAAGAAACGCUCAGUGGAUGUGGAAAAUGGUGCAGAAGGAGAAAAAGGACUCCUACAAACUAUUUUGAGCCGGUUACGAUCGGUUGAAAGUGAGGGUAACCACCAGGAGGAACCAUUCACGUUCUGAAGACAGCAGAUAUUUCAGAUAUCCGCUGCAAAUAAUGAAAAAUGGCCAGAAUAUCAAUUUUGGAAAUGAAUAUUCAGAAAACAACAAGUGACAUCACAACUCUGACAAAUCAAAGCUGUACAUUAUGUACCUCUUCGACCGUCCAGCUAUAUCAACAGUCACUAUUAUAUUCGCAAUUGCAUUUGCAUUUGUCGCCACAUACACUACGUAUCUCAUUACUUCGGGCUAUAAUGUUAAUGAGAAGUGCCGGGCUCAAGUGGCACACGUGCAUGAAACCAUGUCUCUGGAAAAUAAGCAUACACUAUAUAUUUCACAAUAUCCUUGUUCACAGGUUCUUUUACGAUAACAACGAAACCACGACAGGGAGAAACGUCAGUACGGAAUGCAAAGAGUCACCAAAUUUAAUUUAGCAGAUUAUAUAACCACGUUUCCUUGUUUAUGUUUGUACCUGUGAUAAAGCAUGAUUGAAACAAUAGAAAUUUAACACCCUCCAAUUAUCUCUACGCAACGAUAAUCAUUCUCUGCAGUCAAGAACUUUUUAAACUAUGUUGCCGGAUUAUGUAGCGAUUAUGUCGCAAUCACCAAGGAUAAAACGUGACAAUGGUGAACGCGUGAAGACGUCCCUGCAACUUACUCGGAAUAAUAUGUGAUGGAGGGGUAUAGAUUGAUGGCUGACACCAAUGUAAAGUUAGAAACUUCCUGGAAAGAGGCAGUUGCAGUUUCGACUUCUAGUUGAAUUAAAGCCUAUUCUGAUAUGCAGCCGGUUCUUCCUCUACACAGAACAGACGAACAACGAAUUUCUGAUCAUGGCUAGAAAAUUGUUUUCGGAGACUUUCCUCCAAAAGUAAAUGGCGUUAAAAAAGUAGUUUACAUCAAGUCUUUCCAAAAUCUCACUCCGACUGUGGGAGAUCAAAACAACAACCAAUCGGCAAUAUUCUCACUGCAAAAACUUUACCACUGCACAUUUAGGCCUAUUAGAUUGAAAUGAAUUCACUUUGAUAAGCUACACUUUCUUGAUAAUAUAUAUUUGUCUUCACUGGAUAAAUAUUGCACGAUUUUUUUAGCACUGCACUAUGUAACACUUAUAUCAGGAAUUUAUCUGGAAAGUGUGUUGCACGACAGACGCCAGGUCAGGCCUUCGCUGUAUUAUUCAUACCAGCCAUCGCCCCAAACGAAAGCUCAUCCAUAAGCCUGGACUCUUCUUAUGAUUCUGCAUUCAAGCAUUCACACAGCAAUCACGGAAUGCUUACUGUGAUCUGUAUUUCACUUAUUUGUUUCAACAUGGCUGUUCGACUGGCGCCUGUAGAACUCGUUCACAGCGGAAGGAUACCCAAGUACUAAGAAAUAUGUUUUCGAGAUUGAAAUGACUUUAUUUUAAGGUGAGAAUGAUCGAGAUUGGUUAUUCUUUGUGGCCAUGUUUCGCGGUGACCUGUCCAUCCACGAAAUAUGGCCAUAUAGCAGUGAAGGUAACAAAUGGUUCAACGUUUUGUUUCAAUAACCAGACAAUAAACGUCAGCACAUGGUUACAGUCCAGAUACAACUGAAAAAUCGUACUUGCCCUACACGUAGUCAUAUAAUUUGAGCACUACACUGUGAUCCCAGUCAUCCCAAAGAGACGUAUCAAUGGAGAUGGAGGCAGCGGCAUUCCUAGAUGUCACAGGGAAACGUACUUUUCCUGUAGGACGAAAAGUGGCAAAACUUGUGUUUUGGUUCGCAAGACCAAAAUCCUACUUCCAGCUGUGGACGCGCCAACUACAUUGCUCCAUUAAUGAGUAAUUGCAGAGGCCCCAAAUAAGUGCCAUUCAAACUAACCAAAAGAAUCGGCACAUUUUCUGAUAUUUCUGAUUUAACCAUAUAACGGGCGGGAUACUCCUGCGAGCAAUAUAUUUUACAUCCUACUUUAUCAUAAUUAUUAUUGCUUAAUCAUUUUACUGUCGUUUCACGACGCCGACGUCAGCUGGCAUGCCACGCUUUGUACAAGUUUUGUGCGACAAUUGCCAUCGCUUCCACCAAGAGAAAAGGCUAUAUUUUAUCAUUCUUAUUCAACGAGGCAUUGUUCCAAAUGGUUCUGUGGUCUUCUAAGAAUUUGACUCCUAUACGAAUAAAACUUUUAUCUAGUAUAUUGUAGAGACUCCAGGACAGCACAAUUCGUCUUCUUAUUGCUAAUACCUAAGCACAAGACAAGAAGAACUAUUCCACUGCCCAGGUUUUGAAGAACCCCAUCUGCAAUGCCUUUUAUAUCUUUACAUCGUAAAAAAGGUUCAGGACAUCAUAUUCAGCUUUUAGUAGGAGAUCGGUUGAUAAUGCAAGCAAAAAUUAACUUUUUCAUUUAGCCUGGAUAUCACUUAGCAGGUUUUGAUCAGCACAACAUUUAUUCAAAUGUCACCAAAUACAACUCUUCUAGCGUAAGACGGUCAAUGUUUUGUUACUUUAUCAAAACCAGACAAAAACGGAUAUAAGUGCCUCGAACAAAACAUGCUCAUUUUUAUUUCUGCUGAUUUUCUAUUUAGAUUUAAUUCGGGCCAAAACAGAAAAAUGACUAAUUUAAAUAAGCCUCAAAGAAAGUGAAUAUUUCAUUCUUGACCAUUUGACCUGAUGAUAUACAACAAAGUUUCCUGGUAUCAGCAUAUGCUGAUCUCCAUUCUUUACAGAAAUGGGUAAGUAUGUAAACCCAUUACAGAAAUGGGUACAUAUGUGCAUUUAUUCUCUAGUUAGCCAGCAAUCACAAUAUGUUUAUAAAAUAUUUAUUGACUAGUUUAUUACCCUUUCUGUUGUUUUCUGGUACAACUCGACCUAACACGUUUACAAAAAGUUCCAAAUUAAUUUACUGUCAACAAUCAAUUUAUUAUCAAUAUCAAACAUCGUUUAGUAUUUUAUUACAUGUAAGAAGAUAGCCAUAUUGCCCUUUUAAUAUUUGUCAGUCUCAAUUAGUAAAAUACGAAAUGAAAAACGCUCAUAAGUAUUUUAUAUUUGAAAUGCAUUAUAAUUGUACACUCGUUAUAAAUAUUUGUGGCACUGCAAGAUAGUGAUACACUUAUUCAAAAUGUCUCCCAAAUGAUUUUUUAAAAGACAAAUUGAUCACAAAUAAUCCAUGUUUUUCAUUUCGAGAUAUCUUGCAACCAAGAGACGCACUUCCACUUUCCUCCUUGUUGUCGACCGAGGGCGUUGUCUAAGGCUUUAGUACUUCCUCGAUAUUUGACUGUAAUUUGGGCCAACAAUUGUAGAUAACUGUACGUACAGUAAACAAUAAUUUCAUAUUUACGGCAUCGUAUAUGAUAAUCACAAUUUGCAAAACGAUGAACGCUUUUACGACAAUGACUCGCACCAUUUUGUUAAAAAUAAUUCAGGUUUGUCGGGAGAGGGGGCAACGUUUGUACCAUUUCUUUCUGAUAUUCUCCUUUAUCUGUGGUACCCCCAUUUUCCUCCGCCGCUUUUAACAACGGAAUGCCCGAAGCCUGACUUCUUCUUUGACAGACAAAUCAUGUGAACGGUGAUUAAUAUUGUAUACUAUUUUACAUGACUGUAUGUCUUAGCUCACAAGAUCUGUUUUCCUGUUUUCUUGAACCACUUUUAAUGUUAAAUUUGCUAUCAGUGCAAAUAUUUCGAAUUAUUUUAAAUUUGUUAUUAAUAAUUGUUGACUCACAAUGAUUUAUUUGAUGUUUCAUUCAAAGUUAGGAAAUAUGCGACAAAUGACGUGGUUUUAACCAUCCUUCUGUGAUUAUCAUAAGCACUAGUAGGUUUAAUUCGGGCCAAAAUAGAAAAAUGACUAAUUUAAAUAAGACUCAAAGAAAGGGUGCAGAUGAGUACGUAUUUUACUAUAUAUCACUAGUUGCUUUACGUUCUGUGACGGGUACUUCAUUGUGGUGAUAUUCAGCCAAAGUCACAAAUUUACUUUUAAAAACCCUCUGAAAUACCGACAGGGAAUGUUCAAUUAGGAUGUGGCGUCUGAACGCACCUUGAUUUUUUGUGAUUGCUACGUCAUGUAUAGUGUUUUGGCAAAGUAACGGUAAAAAAGCACAAUUUACUGCUGGUGGUGAUGCCAUUAUGAUGAGACCUAUUUUUUCCUAUGAUUCACUUUUAUGCAUAGUUGUGCACCUUCAGUGGUGUGUGGUGCAAUAUUUUAGAUAAAUAUAGAGUAUCUUUUGAGAGUAGAAAUAUUAGGUCCGGCAUAGUUCUACCCUAUAGCAACACCCAGCAAACUACAUAACCACCAAAGACGAUACUAACUCAGUAUUUCAUGGAAAUGGCUUUUUUACUUUAUGCUUGCAUUGGCGUGCAUUGACAUGUCAAAAGUGAGAGUAGAGGUCACUGAUCUAAAACAGUAACAGUGCAAAUAAAAAGAUGGUAAAAAAACCGAACCUGAUAUUUUGUUACUCAAGAAUAUGUCACAAAAACAAUAAAGUCUUAGUGGCGAAAAUAAAUAUUUUUGUAAAGUACGCAAUGUUGUAUUAUUCUGAGCGAACAUGUGCUCAAGUUGAACAGGAAUAUUAUGGCACUAUUGUAUUGUCUGUACUGGUUGUAUGAAUAAACACUGAUGACAAAGACCAUUAAUUUCCUCACUGAUAUAGAUGAGCCAUUAAAUUUGCAACUGAAGAUGAAA